CGUGAUAGAUAUCGUUAUCGCCUGAAAUGAAAAAAACAUAUCGUGAUAUGAAAAAAUCUCAUAUCGCCCAGCUCUAGUUAGAAAAAACAACUACAACCUUUAAGUUAUCAAAUGUGUGUCAUAUCUGGUAAUUAAGGCCUCAGUACACAGGUGUACUGACCAGUCUGUAUCACCCUUGCUUGGAAGAAAUGUUUACCGGUUCUUCACCUGGAUGGUGAGUGGUUUCUGGAGGUUGCUAGCUGUCACAAGGUGAAAUCAGUUUCAAAGGAGGUACUGCACCAAAAAUAUCUUUGUGAUGGCUUUGGUUGCUAGCAGAUUGCCACGUUGGGCCAUAGUUUGCAUUAAAGUUUAUCUGCAGACACAUGCCAUUUGCUGUCCGGAGCUGCGGUAAAACUUGAAAAAAUGCACCAGAAACCAGAAAUGGAGAAUGUUUACUUUAAAAGUACAGGUUGUGCUUGGUGGAUUGUGCAGAUUGUGUGUAUUUACAGACAAGUCAGCAUCUUCCAUGCAAUCUAAUGUGAUCACAGCAACCUGCUAGCAACCAAAGCAAGGAGGAGGUUUUCAGUGCAGCACUGGAUACCUGUUUAUGACUAAUUUCGUGCUAGUGAUUUCACAUAUGCCUUGUACCAGCAGAAAAAUCCAGGUUAGGAUUAAUCUAGAGGGAUAGUGUUAGUCAAGUGCAACGCUAAAUUGCACUGAAACCCUCCGGGCUUUAUCGUAGGUGUAAAUACGUCCCUGACAGAAACCCCUCACUGUGCAGUGACUUCAUUUGAGCCACAUUUUUACUCGUUUAUGACUAAAUUGAAACUGCAGGUCGCCCAGUGGUAUAGUUAUUCAGUGCCUAGCUUGUGUGACCACACAGUAAUAUGGUUUUAUGUGGACUUACUUCAAAAACCAGCCUCUGACUGCUUUUGAACAGCUCUAAUGACCUCGCUGACAAUGACUGACAUCUGCGCUGUUGCUUGGUGACACUUAUCAGCCGUUCUCACCCUUGUGGCCAAUCAUAAGUUGGGAAUUAAAUGGGGCUGUCAGCUGCACUGCAGUGUUCUCACAGCAUGGUUCAAGUGAAGGUCAUGUAAGGAGGGAGGGAGAAGACAGAGAAAUGUCCCUCUAUGCAUGUCAAACGUAUACACCAAACCUCGAAUAUACAGCUUGGUGUUAGUAGAAUGGGAGAGCUGACAUCUGUCCUGUUAUGAUAGAGAACAUAAUUAGAGUUAUAUAAGUGCCACCAAGACUUCCACACCUCAGAAAGGGGUGUUUUUGUAAAGGAUGACUCAGGGUAGAUUAUGAGAACUUUUCAAAAGGUGUCUCUGUGUGUCGUGACUAGUCAGCAGUAUGACUCAGUUUGGUUCAGACUUUCUUUGGCAGUGUGAUGGUUGAAUGUUUAAAAUAUAUCCCAAAUCAGUGUCGCAUCACAACAGUAUCCUCAACUGCCAUUCAGCUUUAAUAGAAAGUAUUUUUGGCUCAAAAUAGCUUGACAGUUAUCUACUUUGCACCUCUGGUGUAAUUACAUACAGGCAGAGCAGCUGAUUUAUAUUGAGCCAUCUGGCAAAAGCGUUGAGUGAAACAAAGUAAAACCUUAUUUAUGCUUUAGAAAUCCUGUAUGUUAGCCUCCAGUUCUGCUGCUGUUAUAAUGACCAUUGCUUUAGACUCCAUGCUGGGACUUAUCAAGGCAUGUGAGAUCACAGACACAACAGGAUGAAGUGGCAGUGCUCGAAUGGUUUUACUGCCAGCACUUAACAGAAAUGGUUGACUGAAUGGAACCAGUAUGCUGUGUUGACCAUGAAAUGAGUGGAAGUAAAUUGAAUUCACAGUGGAGCUUUACAAGAGCCACAGUAUAUUCCUCUUUACUGGAGGCAGGAUCUGUUUCCUUGAUUAUUCCCUCUGGUGAUCUCAUGAUAGCAUAGGGCAGCAUUCUGUAAAUUGCUCCUUCAGCUUGUAGAUAAGCCUUCCUGUGUUGGGGGCGAUUACGGUAUGUGACUUUAGUCUUUUUAACAUAUUGCGGAUCAUAUUUUUGGUGUGUUUUCUCUCCUCUGCUCUCCUCUCCUUUCACAGCACACUGAGUAGGAUCCCUAAAAGAUUCCCCAUCAAAUAUUAACGCCCUCAUAAAGGCUCUGUUCUCUCCACCCACACACCCAUCAGCGCGCGCGCCACACACGUCACUUUACACGCAUACUCAGGCACACAUGCAAAGACAGAGCAGGGCAGCAUACAGCUCAACCUUUGAAGGGUGUCUUCCUUUUCCUGUGCUCUACUUUCUUUUGCUGCUACCUUACUUUCAGUUUAGAUGAUGGAGGAAACAAAGUGUAGAUCCACUUGACUGCAUUUAUUUCUCCCCUUGUUGAUUAAUUUGGGGAUAAAAAUGAUGAGCAACUCAACAUAAAUUCACCAAGUUAAGCUGUGGAAAAUUCCAUGCCGCUCCAUGCCUUGGUUGGCAUCUAAUGGAAGAAAAAGCAUCCAUCAGGUCUGCCAUGGUAUCCAGACUGCCUAAGUUCAGUGGACGGUCCUCAACUAGUGGCGCCAGUGCCCUUUCUAAUGGUUCUGCACAUCCAGCCACCCCUACGCAAGAUGGCAAGGUUACUCCAUCAGCAACACGCCCAAAUGGUGUGAUCCAGGCGUCACCCUUUUCCCUAAAAUUGAAGAGAGAUGAGGGGGUAAACCCCUCUAGUCCAUCCAUUCCCACUGCCCCUGAGGAUGAAAGUGAAGACAAGGCUCAGACACAGCUUCCCUCUGUGAUCAAGGAAGUAAAGAAUGGCUCUCCAGCAACACCUAAGAUGGGCAGAUCAGGCUCUUUGAUGGUGGCUGUCUCAAGCCCAAAGGCUAUUCAAAAGCAAUCCUCAAAGAUGACUCCCAAAGUUGGGACCAAGUUAGGCCAGAGCCCCAUGAAUGGAAGUUCUAAAACAGGUAGUAAUAGUGCAAGCAUUCCUACUCAGACAGGGUUGGAGUCUCGGCUUGUGCGACCAAGGUUAGGCUCUAGCUCUACCAGAAGCAACUCUCAAGACAGCCUAUCCCAGUCCAGUGAGAGCCUGAAGAUUGUAGCACUGGACAACAUGGUUCGUUCAAAUAGUUUCACUCACUUUAAACAGAUUCCCUCACCCACCAGUGAGCCUAUGAUACGGUCUUUCUCUUUUAAUCGGGCUGUGGAACUAGCCAAGCCUCUGGCCAACACUCAGCUGCGGCCUCCUCGGAGUAGUUUUGUCAAACCCCCUCAACUGAGUAAUGGAAGAGUGGGUUUAGGACUGCAUGGCAGCCUUGGAGGUUUAGGUGGUUUAGGUGGGGUUGGAGGACUUCAGUACAACAAAAAUUCAUCAGUUGCGUCCUCUCUGCCUGGCCCUUUGAUCACUACGACACCAACUACUCCUCGUACUUUAAGGAAGGCUCUGCUCCCCAGUAGUGUGUUGACCAAGUCAAUGGCUAGCAGUGGGGUGUCGUUGUGCUACAAAUUGCCCCGAACUGGGCAGGCUAAACAGCAGAAGUCUCUUUUACCAGGUAACAUUAAGGAGGAUAUCAGCUCUUCAACUGCCUCUGAUUGUGUAGGUCUACUGGAGAAUGAAUCAACCUACAAGGCUGACAAAGUCGAAUCUCAAAGUGAAAGUGACAAAAGCUCUGGGAAUGCAGAAGGAAAAGGAGGAGAAAGCGGUGGCCAAACAGCAGCCGAGACCCUGGAAGACAUGUCCUUAUCUUCUGCUUCAUCUAUAGAGAGAGGUGACAUCAGUGAAGAGUUUCUAGAUGACUUCGACAGUGUGGGAGAUGUUUUCAGUGAUGGGGACAUGCCUGACAACAGAAAAGCUGCCAGUGAUGCCCAGCUAGACGGUCUCCUAAAUGAGACCAGUGACUGGGAGUCUGUGGAUCUGACUGGUCAUAAGGAAGAAAGUCCUAUGCAGGAGUCCCAAGGAUCACUGAUGCUAUCUCCAGAGCAGACUGAUGCCCCCCAGAUUUCAUCUGUGGAGCUGUCACCCUCCAACAGCUCUGGUGGAACCUACAUGUGGGAUGAAGAAGGGCUUGAGCCCCUUGGGGGGCCUGCGGCUCAUCGGUUAGACAGCUAUGAUGACUCAGAGCUGAACAGCAUAGACAUCCUUAACAACCUGGACCCUCUGGCAACAGGAGAAUUGGAUGAUGAUGACCUCAUGCUGGAUGUGGACCUCCCAGAGGAUGGCUUGCAUGAGACUGAUAGGAUGUCCCAUAUUGAGCGUCCGGAGCGGGCCAAUCGGCAGGGGCAGCGGCGUAAACACCAUCGCUGGAGUGGAUCAGAUCACUUUCAUAAUGAUACCAGGGCUCAUGUCUUCCAACAUUAUGAUGGUUUCAGAGCUUCAAAGAACUCAGCCCGAAAGGAAGGCAGGGAGCAUGGCUACAUGCCAAUGUUAGAUGGACUUGCACUUGAGCACAUGACUCAGGACUGCAGCUUCCUCAAGAACCAGCUGCUCAAGCUCAAAACGUUACUAGAGCUUGAGGAUACAGACACUCCAGCAGAUGUUCCUGUAGAAUCUGAAGACAGUACCUCUGCAACACAGUUGGAGGUGCUGGUAAAGGAAGUGCAGGUGCUCAGAGAGGAACUGAGGAGUCGAGACAAGAUCAUUGCUCAGCUCACACUGCAGUGUCAAGAACUACAACAACAACAUCGACAGGAACAGAUUUCUGCUACAGGCCAGCAGGUCAAGUGUCAGUACCACCACCAGAGGGCUCCUUCUUCACUAAGACAGAGCGACAGACAGGUGGACAAACGUAUGCAGCACCACUAUGAUAAGGCCACCCAGACGUACUGGAGACCACCAAACCAUGCUCCUCAAAUACUACGGCCUUUCAACCCCUGUCUCAACGAGCACCUCCAACAGGGAAAACUAGUAAAAACAACCCCUACCGUGGGCCGCAGUGACCUCACAAGGAGUAAAUCAGAGGAAGCAACCCAUUUAGAUGCUGACCGUCCUCUUAAAGCAGUUGUGGCAGAUGCGUCCGGGCCAACAGGCCCUGACAAGCUGAGUCAUCUCCCGAACACCAACCUGCACCGCCUGGGUUCUGGAGCUCCACAGGGGAUAACUGCCAGGGACAGUCCAGCAUCAGCAGCACAGCAUGAGAGGAGAGCCCCCGCUGCGGUACUGCAGAACUCUGUCACUGCUAGAUCUGCUGGUUCGACUUGCCCUCGCAUGCUGCAGCCUCCUCGCUUUCACAAGCGCGUUUCUCUCCCUGCACUCAAGCCAGGGGGCACUGGUGGCUUUGGCUCUCUGAAGCCGGGGUGUUCCUUAGGGCCUCUGGCUAACCAAGCGAAGCAGCUGCCGCCUCCAUCUAGAGGCCUUCCCUGCUUUAACACUGGACCCCAGGUGCAAGCUCAAAGUCUGUUUUGUACUUCACUGCUUCAGCCUCGCAGGGAUCCAAGUUACACCAGUUCCAGCCGGGAGGAGCACAGCCUAAAGGAGCCUAACCAGGGUACACUGAGACCCCGGGUCAGCCAAGUUCCCGAUCCCUUUGAGUCACUCAUGCCUCCCAAAGCCAAAGAUUCCCUGAGGACCUGAAAUCCGUCCAUCAUAACCUAAAACUGAAAUUACUCUGACAUUGAUAGUCAUCUCCUUCGCCUCCUAGCUCAUUACUAAUAUAUAUGAGACAUUCAAGCACUGCCUAUUGUUUCUAAAUUAACCACUUCAACAUGAUUGAUCAAAAUGUAUUAUGUAGACGGACCUUAUUUUCACUACUGUCCACACUUGUGAGAUCGAAGGGUUUUGAUGAGGAAGUUAGUUUUGCACAUGAACAUGAAGGCUGCAGAUGGAAGAAAAGAGUGUUACCAGUUUUGUUUUCUUUUAAUACCCACUGGCUAAUGUCACAUUUUAAAGUCCAAGUUCACUCGUUCCUCACACAACCGUGCCCUUUGACACACAGGUGCAUUUGGUUUUAAACAUAGUGAAGACAUGACUUUGACCUUCGCUGUGUAAUAGACAGCCCGGGGGGAAACCGAGGGAAAAAAGAAAGUGGGAAAGAGGCAAGAAAGUGAAUGUGAAAUGGGGCUAGAGACAGAAAAAAAGAAAUUUGUCAAAGCGCUCUGGAGUUGUCGCUUCUAGAAUGAGAAUAUGUGUAGGUAAACGUGUCUGAGUGUGCGCAUAUGUAUUUUUUUUAAAGAUAGAGAAACAUAGUGUUGAGAGAUGGAUUUAAAAAACAGCUCCACGCUGUAGGUGUUCACAUCCUUCCAGUUCAGCUCACUACACUUACAUCCUGAGUGAACUUUCAAACCAUGCACGUGGUAGCAGAAGGGUUCACAGACCUUUUGUGUCAAUGCACUGUGAUGGAAAUAUAGGCACUGAAAAAUAAAAGGCUGGUGGUGGGGAUAUAAUUAGAAACAGUGUGCAAGUGAGGAAUUAGCUUUCAUAAUGUAGUGGAAAGAAGCAGCAUAAUAAAGCACUCACACACUAAAGUGUGCUCAGGGACAGUGGAAGCGCACUCAUAUCUAUAUGUGCAAACACAGACAAAAUACACUGUUAUUUCAGGGUUACUUUGUGCAGUUUUAGAUGAAAACGACUGAAGAGUAAAAUGAGAUAUGGUGAGAAGGAAAUGGUAUGUUUAAAAAAAAAAAGCAAAGUUAAUAUCUGGAUAGUAAAAUCGUUGCUACAAGACAAUGAACUUUUAAAACAUACUGAAAAAGAGUAAACAAAGGGUGAUCUGCCCAAUUUCAAACAUCAACAUGUGGUAGAAGAAAAUAUCGCAAGUCAAACUCAGGUUGAGAAUGGUGAAUAAAACUGAAUAAAACAUCAUUUGUGAGUUAAUUAAAUAACUUACAAUGCACGCUGACUUUCUUGAAACAACUUUUCCUUUAAUCGCCCACACGUGGAAACGUCAACUAAUGGGGAUUCAUUAGAUGUGUGAAGCUGCUGCCUGGAGAAAAAGCGUGCGCGCUGAGCUGCUGUCGUUUUUAUUUUUUCCCCUAUUCCACCGUCUCUCCUCUCACUCUCUUGCAUGUCUCUUUGGGAACAUCAAAGGUAUUAGCGCGGUAUUUUCAGGUGGGGAGCCUUCAGGGCUUUGGUGGUGUUUCUGUGGGAGUUUUGCAGAAUUGUGUUUAUCGCUGCUUUGCGAAGCCCUUUUGCAGUCAAACGCUCUCGAAAUGUCCCUGAACGGAGAGCAGCAGUGUGUUAAAAAGGCCUUCUGACAGCAGCUCUGCUCUCUCCUCUGUCACGCCGCGUGACCGCUUGGUGUACGCCUCUGGCAGUGUCCGGUCUACUGCGUCCAAUAAUGCACCCUACAAAGACAGAGUGAGACAGAGGGGGAGAGAGAGACACACACAUGAGUUGUAUAGACGCACAUGUACAGGAACUUUGGCAGAACUCAAAGAGACGCGAAACUCAGAAGAGACGCAGACAUCAUUUCACACUUUCCAACAGUCGCACAAGUGCACCUACAGGCCAGCACUCUGAGUUAUUUAACAAAGUGCAUGAAAGUGUAUCUGUGUUGUUUUGGAAGUGCUCACAAAAUGAGGUCUCCAAGUAAACACUCAUCUGUUUGCUUGCUGUAGCCAUAAAAAAGAUGCCCAUCUCUAGAUUACCCUGGAAAUGGAUAGAGGCUUGUGUUUGUUUGUGAUUGAGGAUCCAUGUGGCUGAUAAUACAUGUUUACCUGUUGGAUGGCUCAACAUUGUGCCAAGCCAGCCAAGCAGUCAGCAGUGCUCUGUGAAGCCAAGAAAAGCCCAUUUCUUAUAAUGAAAAUGGAACGUGGACAGGAAGACACACCCAGAGUGUAAGAUAGGUGCCCAGCAAGAGACAAAGAAAAGCUGAAAACAAUUUAUAAAAGUAGUGAAGGUGCUAAUGAUCAACACAAGCCCUUUCUGGCAGACUUGUCUGUAAAAUGUCACGAAGGACAGAAUGCAUACAAUCUUUGUCUGCACUGUGGUCUAGAGAAUAGCCUGCGCCCCUCAGCUGUGUCAUUCACUGCUAAGUAAUGCCAAACAGGAAAUCAAUGUUGCCUGCUGUGUGUAUUUGUAUGUGUGUAUUUAUGUGUGCGUAUCUCCAGACACCUCUGGCUGCCAGUGUUCUGCUCUUGGAGGAAAGAGUGUGUGUGUGCGUGUGUGUGAGAGAGAGACAGAGGCAGUGAGAGAUCCAUCAGCCCAGGCCAAACGCAAAGCCAUGCCAGGGAAAACAGGGCAGUACCAUGCCUCUCUGUGCUGUAUUCCCAAGCUCCAAAUCAAUGUCCUUGUUCAGUUUAGCAGUCAAGCAAAUCUCUCUUGCCUGCUAUGCUUUAACAAAACAGGGCUAAAAACUCUAACAACUUGGAUCAGUCCUAAUGCAGGAACUUGAUUCACUUUAUUUUUCAGAGAAGACGCACAAAUUAUAAAGCUGCAUUGCACAAGAGGGGAAAAAUAUAUAUUUUCUGCAUUAUUAUUCUGAAUGAAAGAGGAAUGCAACUUUUUGAAUACACAUCUGUCAAGCAAAAGGAAAAAAAAAAAUGCACAGAGAAAAAAACACAACAAGCUCAAGGCUUCAUAUAAAGGCUUUUUUUUUUUUUUUUUUAAAGCUGUGGGGCAUUUUAGCACCUUUAGCUGAUUGUUUUGAUUCACUCACCACAUUUUUGCAUUCAUUUAUUUAUUUUUAAAGAAAUAUUUAAUAAGACCGAUAUUCUGUUGAGUUACAAAUUCGCUAAUUCACCUUAAAGAAUAAGAUGUUGGCAAUUAUAAUUUUUUUUUUUUUUUUUUUUUUUUGUGGCUCUCAUUGGCCAAAAAGAAAAUAACAAAAAUAAACGAGAAUCUGAAAAGUUAAUGCGAGUUUGAAAUGAUUAUCAGGAACAGAUGUUCCUUUAGCAACCACUCUCAUCUCUGAUGACGUUUUUAAAGUAAAAGCUUGAAUCUUGAAAGAUGUAGGUUAGUGUUUCUUUAGCAGCUGUAUGCUGUCCUACUUGACUUGUGGUUCUGUGACACGGUGUGAUGUGCUGAUGUACGUUUUAGAGCAGAUUCACCAUUCAAGUGGUACUUGCCAGCUGAAUCACCAACUAGAAGUUUACAGUGUAAGCAGAUAAGGCGCCACAGUGUAGCAGUUCAUAUUCCCAUAAUAUCCAAGGUCACGGUAUUUAUCACUACAUAUUCUCCUUCAUCAGCUGCUCGCAGCUCUUAUGCACUGUCUCAAGUAUACUGUGCAAUACUGUUUGGAGCAAAAAGAAGGCGUGCUAAACUGUACUUGUAGCAAUCUUUUUGGGGAUAAUUUAUCUGAAUUUAAGGAGCUACACCUCAUACACUCCCUAUCCAGUUUUCUAUGCUCUUGUCACUACAGGCUAUUUGUUUUCAUCUUUGUGCCCCCACCCUUCAAUUCUUUCAUCUCUCAUUAGUACAUGUGGAUCUGCCUGGCCCAGGAGCCUCCGGUAGCCCCCUCUGAGACCUUUCCCAAAUCUCUGCCUCAAUUCAUGCUUACUCUAUCUGCCAUUACCUACUAGAAAAAUGCUUUCAAAUCUAAAGAGGAUGUGGUACCAGCUAUUGAAAUGCAAAUUAUUAAAAAAAAAAAAAAAAAAUCAGACAUUUAAAAAAUUGUAAUUUGAGGCACUUUAAAUUACAUUAGUUCUUAAUGCUGAAUGACAAUUAAACUGUCUUAGGGGUGAUACUUGGUUUAGACAAAAUCUAUUUUGCUUUAUUUUACGCUCUCUUCUCUCCCUGUUUGUUUCUGUUUGCAAAGUCAUAUUUUUCUAGGAAGACUUGUGAGACAGCAAUAAAGUUUGAACCAAAUAAGCUGAGGAAGGUGUUUUGGCUAAUUUUCAGUUUGAGUCCUGUCAUGUUUUGGUUCUUUAAUAUUUGUAAUAUGUUUUUCGCAUGUCACCAACAAAGCUGCCGAUCUCAGUUUAAGAUAAAACUGAAGCCUCAUUCUUAUUUUGGUCUUCUUGUUUUUCAUGUCUGCUGGUUGUUUUACUGUGGAAAUAAAUUGUGCUUAAAAACCAAA